CAUCGUCAUCAACUACUGCAACAACCGUCGGCAAUCGGGCAAAGUCCAGCCGCAAUGCGAGUGCUACGAAGUUCCGCUCAACCUCAGCCUCUAAUGCAACCACCCAGAACAAUGUUGCCUUCGUCGAGCACCGUCGGUGCAGUAACGCCUCAACUGGUCACUACUGCUGCUGCAGCACCCGCUCGACGCAACAUCGGCAANUAA